UCAAAAAAGACAAACAUCUCUCUUUUUAUGCACCUCUCACUCAUUAUUCCCCUGUACCUCUAAAUCAAUCAAACCCUCCCUCUUGGGAUAACGUAUCAACAUGGAAAAUGAUGCUCAAGAAAACUUGUUUGGCACAUCCUCCUCCUCCUCAUCAACAACACCAACAACAUCUUCUACUUCCAAUUCAAAUUCAUGCACCAAGAAAAGCUCCAAAAGAAGGGAUGCAAUUGCAGACUCAGAAAAUGACAAAAAAAGGAAGAGAAGUGAGAAUGAAACUAAACACCCCACUUACAGAGGAGUGAGAAUGAGAGCUUGGGGAAAAUGGGUGUCUGAGAUCAGGGAGCCAAGAAAGAAAUCAAGGAUAUGGCUUGGAACAUACCCUAGUGCUGAAAUGGCAGCAAGGGCACAUGAUGUGGCAGCUUUAGCUAUCAAAGGCCAUUCAGCUUUCCUCAAUUUCCCUGAAUUGGCUCAGGAUCUUCCAAGACCUCUCAGCACAUCUCCCAAGGACAUUCAAGCUGCUGCUUCAGAGGCAGCAGCCAGUGUCGUUUCCAGUGUUUUCAGAACCGGACCGGUAAUUGAACCGGUAUUUUCAGAGGCUAAGCAAUGUCAAGCUGAGGCUGAACAAAGCCAAGGAGAACAAGCUUCAUCUUCAACUCUUUCCAUGGAGAGUACUCUGGAGUCUUCAAGUAAUUCUGAUUCUCCCUCUACUGCAGAUGAUGAUGAUUCACUGUUUGACCUGCCAGAUCUUUUCACUGAUGGAAGCAAUGGACUUCUCUCUUAUUCUUCUUCUUUGUAUUUAUGUUCUGUUGAAACUGGAUUCAAGCUUGAGGAGCAACUUUUGUGGGAGAACUACUUGUAACUGGAACUGGAAAUGUUUCAUAUUUGAAAAGAUAAAGGACAAUAAAUUUUAGAGUUUGCCUUCAAGUUUAAUCACUACCAUGGUUUUUAAAGCAAAGUCAAAAUGGACAUUGCAGCCACAAUAUCCGCGACAAGGUUUUAAAUUGCAGUUGCAGUUCAAGUCAUGGGUGCUUCGCGGAAUUGCAGGAUGAUUUGAAGGCCUCAAUUGCAGUUGCAGACAACAAUUUAGAAUGUGUAAUUUUUCCAAAGAUAGCGACGUGCCUGCAGGACAGCAAUUUAAAACAUGGAUCACUGUGUUAUGAUUGCAGAAUACCACUUGAGGGAAAGUUUUCAUUUGAAUUUGUAAAUGGCCAUUGUCUGUUGUUAAUUUUGUGAAUUUAGUUGUGUAGUGAUUGGAUUAAAAUAGAAAGCCAAAAAAAUUGAUGCUAAAGAUGGUAAAUAAUGUAUGGCACUGUACAAAGCAAUAAAAAUCUCUUUUCCGAUGUACCAAAAAAAGCAAUAAAAAUCUUCUUCACUCGUA